AUGCAAAGUGAGAGUGCGAGCACUUCUCGGCACUUCUUUGCGGUCGGCGCUGUCCUAAAGAAUGAGGCGCACAGCAUAAAGGAGUGGCUUCAUCACUAUGUGAACGAGGGCGCGUCCGCCUUCAUUUUUCUCGACGACAAUAGCACAGACGCAUCAGUGUCCAUCGCACAGCAGUUCUUUGCCGCCACUCCUCGCAUUUCCAGCGUUUUCAUUCCACGGAACGCUGCUAAACAUCGCUACGUGCAGCCACAGUUCUAUAGUGAGCUUAAGGCGUACGUUGAGCAGAUGGGCGUGGAAUGGCUACUCGUGGCUGACUUGGACGAGUUUGCUUACUGCCGGCUCGAAAACGUCCCGAUCCGCGAGAUGCUGCGCCGCGAUCGGUAUCGAGGCGCAGACCUGGUGCACCUGCCGUGGCUCGUCUUCGGUGCCAAUGGGCUCGAGCGCACUCCGCGCUCUCUCGUACAGUCGUUCACCCGCCGCGCAGACUACGACGGUCAGGUAUCCUGGUGGGCUGGCCCGAAGCACCACGACGUCAGCCGCACUCGAUGGAAAUGGAUCGCGCGAGGCCGUUCAGUGUCGGACUUUGGCAUCCACAAUUGCGAGCUCCAGAAGGGCAGGCGUGCCAUCUGUUCCAUGACCAACUGUCCGCCGAGGAUGAGCGAGGCGAUCGUCAACAAGUUUGACAUCGUCGUGAAUCAUUAUCAGGUCCAGAGCCGCGAGUAUUGGAGGGUGAAAAUGGCGCGAGGUGACUCCAAGGGCGUCAAAAACGUUGGUGCGUUGAGUCGGACGAUGGUGUGGUUCAAUGAGCACAACAAGCACUGCAAUGCGCUGUGCGCCGCAUCGCCGCCUGGCUACGACGCCGACGGCGCAGACGCGCCGCGGGUCGAGGCGGCGACGGCCAACUCGAGCUUCGAGUUCAUGCGGUCGCACGGCGCGCAGUUCGACGAGCACUUCACGUUCGCCAGGCGGCGCGACGCCAUGAAGAAUAAAAGAGUGUGGUAG